UCCGCAGAGGGCCUGGCGCGCUCGCCCGGUCCCAGCUUGGGUGACCUGGGCUCAGGGCCGCGACCCUAACACGCAACCGCUUGGGGUUUGGUGUUGGGGCUGGAGUCCGGGUGCGGCUGCCCGGGAGGUGAACCUGCCCCAAAGAGCUGACCCUCUGGGGGGCUUGGUUGGAGGGGACGCCGCCACCCUCCCCUAUGGUCCCCGCAGUGAGUUGGGGGGUCUUGGGAAGGGGGUUUUAAGGUGGAGAGCUUCUGCUCUCCGGGCAGGGCUGGGGCUCAGGCAGAGGGGGGCUUAGGCUCUAUUGCUGUUUGUUUUGCAGCCAGGCCGGAGCGACGAGCGCCUGUCCGGCCGUGGUCACCUUCCCCAGUCCCUGCCGUCCAGCUGCCCAGGCCGUCGGCGAUGUUUUACUUCCACUGUCCGCCGCAGCUGGAGGGUUCUGCACCCUUUGGCAACCACUCACCAGGAGAUUUUGAUGAUGGGUUUCUGCGCAGAAAACAGCGCCGGAACCGGACAACAUUCACUCUUCAGCAGCUGGAAGCUUUAGAGGCAGUUUUUGCACAAACACACUAUCCCGAUGUCUUCACCAGAGAAGAGCUUGCCAUGAAAAUAAACCUCACAGAAGCCAGAGUGCAGGUUUGGUUCCAGAACCGCAGGGCAAAAUGGAGAAAAACAGAAAGAGGGGCAUCUGACCAGGAGCCUGGAGCCAAGGAGCCCAUGGCAGAGGUGACACCACCGCCUGUGAGAAACAUCAAUUCUCCACCACCUGGAGACCAGGCCCGGAGCAAGAAGGAUACCCUGGAAGCCCAGCAGAGCCUGGGGAGAACUGUGGGUCCUACUGGUCCUUUCUUCCCCUCCUGUUUGCCUGGGACCCUCCUGAACACAGCCACAUACGCCCAGGCCCUGUCACAUGUUGCCUCCCUAAAAGGGGGCCCUCUGUGUUCCUGCUGUGUCCCAGAUCCCAUGGGGCUUUCCUUCCUCCCCACCUACGGCUGCCAAAGUAACCGCACAGCCAGCGUGGCCGCCCUGCGCAUGAAGGCUCGAGAGCACUCGGAGGCUGUCCUGCAAUCAGCCAACCUUUUGCCGUCUACCAGCAGCAGCCCCAGCCCUGUGGCCAAGCCAACACCCCCUGAUGGUGGCCAAGACAAGACCUCUCCCACCAAGGAACAGAGUGAGGGCGAGAAGAGUGUUUGAGGGUCUUGAGUGCCCAAGCCCUGUGUGUCCUCUCCCACCCCUGAUUCUCCCAGCCUCAGCCCCCUGUGGAAAACUCUCCAAAGAUCAAGGAGAAACCCACUGUCCUGGGUCUCUGCGGACUCAGGAAGGGAUGUAAGACCCUCAACUUCCUUGGCAUCUGAAGAGUGGCUCUGGAGUCUUACCUGCAUGGCUUGUGUUGUCUUGGCUUCUUUGGUGACAGGUCUUGAUGGUAUUUAGCAGCACCAGAGCCCACUUUAAUGAGACCUUUUGGGGGUUCCAUCUUGACCCAGAAGUCUAGGGUGGGGGGAGAAGGAGUAUCACCCAAUCCAUCACCCUUCCUGGCCCUUUCCUGGGUUACUCUGGAAGGUCUUGACAACCCAAAGAACUAUGGGACGGAUCCUCCUUUAGAGAUGCCCAGGAUAAAGUCAUGUGCUAAGAAUUAAAUUGAAAUGUACCUGGGACAUGGCUUGACAACCAGGAAACUGGCAUCAUUCCAACUAACUCUUGCACCCCUUGGCCAAGAGGAGCAGCAACCUCUUCCUUUCUCUGGAUGGAGGAUGUUGGUGUGAGUUUGGCUAGGUGAGAAGGCAAGACUGCGGUGGGACUGAAAGGACCUAACCCAUGUGUGGGGAGGGGGUAUGGUGACUUUUUCCCAGGAAGUGUCCACAGGGCACUUCUGGCCCCAUGGCUGAGCCCACCUGCCGGUCAUGUCUCUCCAGACUCAAGCUCCAGAGUGUGGGAAAUUCACUAACUGGAAAAUGGUGUUCUGUCCGAGAAAUGCUGGAAAAGUCCCAGAAUGAGGAAGAACCCUCUAAGAAAGCCUCUGAAAUGCAUGCCCAUCUGAAUAAAACACAUCUCCUCUGGU